GCGCUGUUCGCGAAGCUGGCGGAGGCGAGGAAGUGAGGAUCUGCAAGUCACUAGCGCGGCGUGUUUUAUUGUUGAUCAUACGUGCGUCCCAGUGAAUCCCGAACCUCGUGUUCACCAUGGCACGCCGCUAUGAUUCCAGAACGACCAUAUUCAGUCCUGAAGGUAGGCUCUACCAAGUGGAAUAUGCGAUGGAAGCAAUCGGUCACGCCGGUACGUGCCUGGGCAUCUUGGCUUCCGACGGCAUCUUGCUGGCCGCCGAGCGAAGGAACACAAACAAGCUGCUUGAUGAGGUCUUCACGGCCGAAAAGAUCUACAAGCUGCACGACGACAUGGCCUGCAGUGUGGCCGGCAUCACUUCGGACGCGAACGUGCUCACCAAUGAACUGCGUCAGAUUGCUCAGCGCUACCUGCUCACGUACGGCGAGUCCAUCCCUUGCGAGCGCCUUGUCAGUUGGCUUUGCGACCUGAAGCAAGCUUACACGCAGUACGGGGGUAAGCGUCCGUUCGGUGUGUCAAUCCUCUACAUGGGCUGGGACAAGCACUACGGUUACCAACUGUACCAAUCUGACCCGAGUGGCAACUACAGCGGCUGGAAGGCGACCUGCAUCGGCAACAAUAGUGCUGCCGCCGUGUCCAUUCUCAAGCAGGAAUACAAGGAAAACGAGACGACACUAAAGGAUGCCCUGGCUCUGGCCAUUAAAGUCCUGAGCAAGACACUCGACAUGACGAAGCUCACUGCGGACAAGCUCGAGAUGGCUACGCUGACUAGAGACACGCGACGUAACAAAACGCGCGUCACCAUCCUGCCUCUGUCGGAGGUUGAGAAGCUCAUAAAGAAGCACGAAGAGGAGGAGGCCAAGCUGGAGGCUUCCAAGAAAGAAAAGGAGCGCGAGAAGCAGCAGGCUCGAAGCUAGGCGACCAUCCUGCUCUAUUUCGGUGCAUGUUUGACAACACUACUAUUAAAAGGCCCAUUUCUGGAG